AGCGCGAGCAGGCUGAAGGCUUCCGAUAAGACUAAAUAAUGCCGGCAGCAUCCUCGACGGGCGUUGGGCCCUCCUCUGAGCCGCUCUCGGCCUCGCCCGCAAACGGCGUGAGCGAGAGCAACACCUCGAUCGAGGCCAAUGUCGUCGUCCUCGGUCUUCGCCGCGCAGGAAAGUCCUCGAUCCUCUCCGUCGUAUACAAGUCCAUGCCGCCCGACGACACUUUUUUCCUCGUCGAGAGCUCCUCGUCCAAGGGCAAGCCUGCCCCCAUCGAUGUCGACGCCUUUCUCAAGAUGAGGUUCUGGGACGGCAUCGAUGCGCCCACGACGGCGGCGAACCUGAUUGCCCAAAACAGCCACGAGAGCGGUGAUCAACGAGGUCGGAUAGCGUACGGAACCGCGGGCCAGCUGUAUUGGACGCAGUGCUCGGCCAUUGUCUUUGUCAUUGAUGCUCAGGCCGAGUUCUUCGAGGCUGUCUCGAGGCUCAACGAUGUCAUUCUCGAAGCGUAUGCGUCAAAUCCCCUCAUUCACUUUCACAUCUUUGUCCACAAAGUCGAUGGGCUCAGCAGCGACUAUCGGUAUGAGACGCUCCGAGACAUCGAACAGCGCGUUCUCGACAAUCUCUCCGAUGCCUCUGCCUCUUUCAUCUUUGCACCUGCUGCACAUCAUGUCGUCCAGGCCGCAAAGUCCUCCCGUCAGUCAUCGGGCACCUCAACUGAUCGACCGAGUCCAUUCGAUCAGAGCGAAGGCGGAGGGACAGCUUACAAGGGCGUUGGUGGCUUCUACAUUCCCUCGCUCGAGGAGUCGCCGAACCUCGAGGCUGACGUCCGCCUCUCGUUCCACGCCACUUCCAUCUUUGACUCGAGUGUGCAUGUCGCCUUUUCACGCAUCCAGAUCGCAAUGAUGAACGCCGAUCUCGCCAACACGCUCGAGGUCCUUUGCAACAGUCUCUGCAACUCAUCCAAGCUGGAAAAGGUCUAUGUGUUCGACGUACCGAGCCUGACAUACAUCUGUGCCGACUCGAGUCCGUUUGACGAGAACAGCUUCGAGGCCGUGUCCGAGUACUUGCGCUUCCUCGUCCAGUUCAGCGGGCUAUACAGCCCCCUGACCGUCCCGAGCCAAGCCAGCACCGGCGGGCAACGGGCGAUGGCGGAUCAAGAAGCGGUCAGAAACGAACGAUAUGCGACGAGCAACACGCGACUAAACCCCGACUUGACGCUGGCCUUUUACCAGAUCAAUACCCACCUCGCCAUCGUCGCAGUCACCCGGACUGAAACAUUUGCAAAGCAGUCGUCCAUGGUCAACUACAACGUCUCAAUCGCACGCAAGGCCUUCUUAGACUUGUACAACUCUGCAAAUUAAACGAAACAGAGCGAUAAUACCAUCCAUCAUCAUGCCCUUG